CACGGCUCGGGAUCUGUCGUGUUUGGCGUACUCGUGCGGAUCCCCGGGUGUACGGCAGGAGGGGCUGCUGGCGGCGCUGGCGGAGUAUGUGGUGGCGGCGCGGCAGCACGUCAAGUGGAACGCCUCCUCCCUCGCCGUCUUCAUGUACGGUCUAGCCAACGCGGGGUUCCGCGACACCCGCCUCAUGGCCUGGGCGGAGGCCGCCGUCGCCGCCACCCCCCCCUCCGCCUUCAACCUCCGCAACAUCUCCUUCCUGCUCUACAACUUCCACCGCCUGCGCUGGUGGCCCCGCUCCGCCGCUGCGCACCUGCUGGGUGCUGCCUGCCUGCACCCGCCCGCCUCCAUCCCCGUCAUCAGCAUCAGCACGGUGCUCAUGUGCAUGGGCUCGGGGAGGGCGCGGGAUGAGCGCGCGCUGGCACACCUGUGUGAUGCGCUGGUGCGGCGGCCGCGGCGGGAGCUGAGCGCCAAGGACGUGUGCAUUUGUCUGACGGCGUUGCAGCGGCUGCAUAAUGAGGAUGUGCUGGCCAGCCAGCAGCCCGAGGUGCUAGCGGCGCUGGACCACCUCACAGCCGCCAUCGCGGAUCGCGGCUUCUCGCGCCCCGGCCCCGGCGGCGCCCCGCUGCCGGUGUUCAACCACCAGGAGGUGUCUAACGCGCUGUUCGCACUGGGCCGCCUCAGGUACUACAGUCCCCAGGUGCUGCAUGCGCUGCGCUGUCACGCGGCCCGAGGCGGGCUGGCGGGCUCCAGUGCGUGGGACUGUACGGCGCUGCUGGUGGGGCUAGCGCAGCUGGACUACGACAUUCGGCAGGGGGAGCUGCGGCAGCAGGAGCAGGGC